GCUCGUUCUCUCACCCCUACCCAGAGAGAGGUGGAGUCACUGUGUUGGUCUGUUGGGGUCAGGUGUAGCACACCAGUUGAAGGGUAACUCUGGUCCAGUUCAGGUCCUGUCCUCCUCUUCUCUGGGGUCCUCAGCCCCGAUGCUCCAGCCCUUCCACAGCCCUCCCUCUCCGACCCCACCAGACACCACCAGCCCUGGGACGUUCCAUCUUCCUACAGGCACCCUCUCUUAGGCUACAAGUGCAGACCUACCCCCUCCCUUUGUGGAUCUCUCCUCCUCCAGCUUCCCCCUGGCUUUUAGGUAGGAGCCCUUUCCCCACCACCACCACAACCACUACCACCCUACUGCCAUGGCGGACAAGCUGGGCGCGGUGGAGGACCCCGCUAGCAUCCUAGCGCUGCUGGAGCGCGUGGCGGGCAUCAUCGACAACGUGCAGGCGUGUCAGAGCCGCAUGGAGGAGCGGCAGCUGGAGCUGGAGAGCAGCGUGAAGAGCAUCCAGGCAGACGUGGUGAAGCUCAGCUCCGACCACGCCGUCACCUCCGGCUCCGUGGAGAAGCUCCUGGAGAAGACCCGCAAGGUCAGCUGCAACGUCAAGGAUGUGCGGGUCCGGGUGGAGAACCAGAACCUCCGUGUGAAGAAGGUGGAGGCCACACAGGCUGACCUGCUGGCCAAGAACAAGUUCAGGGUGGUUAUCUACCAGGGUGAAAACGAGGUACCAGCCGUGGGGACUCCACCUAAGGAACCCAAAGAAGCAGCAGCGGCUGCGGCGCCGGCCGAAAUAGAACCGGACAAGUUCGAGCUCCCGCCCGAGUCGGACGAGGAGUACAUGGUGGUGGAGGAGGCGGAGUCUUCCACCGCACGGGUCAAGAAGGUGGGGUUGAGCCGCAUCGAGAGCUUCAAGGCCACGUUCUCCCGCCAGAACAUGGCCAAGACCAAGGAGAACCUGGGCACCAAGGUCAACAAGCUGGGCGAGCGCAUCGUCACCACGGAACGCCGAGAGAAAAUCCGGCAGUCCGGAGAGAGGCUGAAGCAGUCGGGCGAGAGGCUCAAGGAGUCCAUCGCUAAGAACGUCAACCUGAAGAAAGAGAGGACAGUGGCCGAGGGCCAGGAGGGGGCAGAGGGAGCAGCCGAGGGGGCCGCCCCCGUACCCCCCCCGAAGGGCCGCAAAGGCAGCCCAGAGAAGGCCUACACUGAGGUGGCCAAAGAGGCAGCAGACGAGGCCAAAGAGGGGGAGACGGAGGUCCCCAUGUACGACAUGAAGCAGCUGUCAUAGAGGAACUACUGCCCUGUUAACCAAUGGAGAGAAACUACAUGCAACAUGGCGACAUGUCUGCUAUCUUAGACUAACUAACUUGGACUGGCUGCGACAAUGUAGAGACGAGGGGGGGGUCUCAAUUCAACCCCUAAAGCCUUUCCUUCUAUGCACUGGAGCGAGUUCUGCUGCUCCCAGAGGAUUCCACAGGUAGUGAAGAGAUUACUAAUGUUAGUAAACGCAAGUGCAUAAGGGGGUGGGGUUUAGGGAUGGAUUAGAGACUGGGAGGAGGGGAUUUAGGUUUCUGAGUGGAGGCGUGGAACAGGAAAUGACAUAGGAGGAAACGGGCCAGACAGAGAGCCAAUAAGAUUAGUUUGUUGAAUUGAAACACUUCUGUAAUAUCACAGCGUCAACUUCGUGUUUUUGUUGUUGUUUACAUCAAAACGGACUCAUAAGAAAGGCAAAACAAUACAAAUAAAAUGACAGGAAUCACAGUGAGCGUGUGGGACUGUCAGUUUUCUACCAUGUUCAA